CUAUGAACUGGAUAUUUUCCUCUCCCACCUUAAGUAAGAGCUGAAGACAAUUUUCUGUAGUCAAGAUGCAAAUUCUUUCAGCUGUUCUGCUUCUGUUCUGUUUGCACAAGUUUUGUUGGAAGGUCACAUGCAGAAGAGUACAUAUUCCAGACGUGGGGCUUGUGGACUGGGGAGAAGCUGAUAACGAGGAGAACCCCUCCCCCAAAGGUGCCAGCCCUCGCGUCCUCAACCCCCUGCGCCUCUUUGCCCGGGGAUCCCCUGGGUUCAAGAGCAACCUGAGGGAAAUAACAUUUUUGGAAAACCUAGAGGACUCCUGGGACUGGUUAUCUAACCAGACAGAUGUGCAUGAGACACAGAGCAGGACUAAACGCAGACCUAUCGUGAAAACAGGCAAGUUUAAAAAAAUGUUUGGCUGGGGCGACUUCAACUCCAACAUCAAGACUGUGAAAUUGAAUCUACUCAUUACAGGGAAGAUAGUGGACCAUGGAAAUGGAACGUUCAGUGUUUAUUUCCGACACAAUUCCACAGGCCUGGGGAAUGUGUCCGUCAGUCUAGUGCCACCCUCUAAGGUGGUGGAGUUUGAGAUGGCUCAGCAGUCCACCCUGGAGACUAAAGAUUCUAAAUCUUUCAACUGCCGUAUCGAGUAUCAGAAAACGGACCGCAGCAAAAAGACUUCACAUUGCAGCUUUGACCCAUCCAAUGUGUGUUACCAAGAAUCGACCCAGAGUCACGUCUCCUGGCUCUGCUCAAAGCCCUUCAAAGUCAUUUGUAUCUACAUUGCCUUCUACAGCGUUGACUAUAAACUGGUGCAGAAAAUCUGCCCAGAUUACAAUUAUCACAGUGACACACCGUAUGCUUCCAUGGGUUAAAGUCCAGUCAAGCCAAGUUUGGAUCCUCGACAGUAAUAUUCUAGAGAAUUUAAACAGCAUGGUCAACCCCAUUGGCACCUUGCAACAUCAAACCUUAUUUUCACCAUGUGUUCCAUCUGAUUUUGAAGCAAUUAUAAUAAAUCCAGAUGUUUUGCAUUAGGCUAAAAUCCUCGCAUGUUUUUCAACAUCUGCCUUUUCGUGAGAAAGCAGUCACAAUGAUAUGAUGGCAAAAUAGUUUCUGGUUAACCCUUUAGUUACCAUUGACAAUACAGUGUGGCUGUUACAUGAUUAUAAAUCACAGUUCAAGAGUCACAAUUUGCACACUUCCUCCCUAACAAUUGAUCUUGCAUUGAUAACCAACAUAUUACUAAUUUCCAAUUGUAACAUAUACUUAAUUUGUUAUGUAGCAUGUCAUGAAUUUUCAGGCUAAAAAAACAGGGGCAAAAUUACCCUCAAGAGCACAGACAAUGUAAAGGUGCAUUCAGAAUUAAAUAAAUAAAAUAAAAUACAACAUUACUGAUUACUUCUAACCUUCUAAACAGAAGCAAAUAGUAAUAGUACAAUAGUAUUUUUAAACAAUGAUGUACACUCACAUGUAAUGAGAUGCAGAUGCCAUGUUGAGAUCGCACGACCAGCCAAAUAUUAUCUUAAUUAUUAUAUCGAUAAUCCCCUGAAAAUUGGAUGCUUUCACUCAUGGACUAAAUUAAUAAUUGUUGAAUGAGCACCUUUUUACAAUGACUACUUAGAACUUUGCUUUAGCAUGGUGCUGCAUCUACACUGCCAUGUGUCAGUACAAUAUAAACUCACAUUUUACCAUGUGCAUUUUUAAACAUUAACACAUUCCAUCCCUACUCCCUGUUCAUAACAAUUUCCAGUUGCCGCUGAAUCACACACCUACAUAGGAUAAAAUAUAUAUGUGAAACCCCUGUUUUCAAUGUGAGGUUUAUGUGUGUGUGUUAGUAUGUUUGUGUAUGUUUUAUUGGCCUUUUGUUGCACUAAUGUUUAGUUGUGGAAACUAUUUUAAUGUGGAGAGCAUAUGCAGUUGUCAAGAUUAGCACAAUCGGGUGAAAUCAUUCAGCAAAGACAUCAAAUACAAAUUACCCUUAGUCAUUUUGCAUUUCACAAAAGCUCUAUGUAUAAAUUGAGAUUUGUGUAUAAUUUCAAAGUCAUUUGUGAUGUCUCAUGAGAGCACAAUUCACUGGACAGGUGGAUUUAGUGAAACUGGCAGCCGGUUAACAACCCUUUGUCAUGGUCCUGCCACAGUGAUCCACAUUUCCAGUCUCUAAUUAACAUUAAUUAUAGUGGGAAAUUUCACUUACAAACCAUGGCAGAGGGGACUGAAGCCAAAAACUGAAAUUUAGCACGUCAGUCAUGUAGCAAACCUCUAUUCACACCAGUGACUUUGGACUGGAAUCAAACUCUUUGUCGGAAUAUCAACAAAAAAAAUUUUUUUUUCUGUUGCAUGGUUUCCAAUUUAUGCAAAUGCACAUGAGGUGGAAAUAUUGAGGAUAAUUUAAUAUAUUAUUUAAGUAUACCUUGUACUGAUUGUUUAUAUAUAUAUAUAUUUAAAACACUAUGUAGAGAUCAAAGGAAUAAAUGUUUUGUGUCAUUAUUGUUUACAUUCUAGUCUAAAUGUCAGUGUGACAAUGAACCACUCGAAAUGCCACAGUCUAAUAAUCAGAACUGGAGAUCUCAGGUUCCAU